GUGUUUGAUUCAGAAGUUUAGCGACCGCGACUGGAUAAAGACGCACCGUUUGUUCGUUGUUGUUGUGAUGAUUAGGCUCGAGUGAGCGUCCUCCGCUGGUGGAUUCCGAGAACGAGGUGGAAACCAGUUAGUUAGUCAUCCAUUAGCACAGGAACGGCGCGUAGAAAUUCGACGAACAGAAAUACGAUUUUUUGGUUCGUGCGGUGCCAAGUGAGUUCGCAACCGAAAACCGGCCUGGUACUUGAAGGUGGAAUUUCGCCUGGGAAACAAGCUCUUUCAAGUUUCGGGAACGUGCCAUUUGCAAGUGAUUUGACCUCUAGAGCUCUAGAGCGAUGAGUUUCGGCAUCGCCAUCAUCAGUGGAUAUCAAGUGCGUUCAAGUGGCUAGUGAGCCGUGCGGGCGAGUGUUUUCUUAGUGAUAAUUCUCUGUCCGGAAGAAGAAGCAUACAAAAUUCUUUACGACCCGAGUGCGGUGCAAUGUCAUUAACGAGUGCCUUCUGUUUACUACUGUCUGUGAUAGUGGCGGUUAACGGUGAACUAAAGCUCAGCGGACCUUCGAACGCUGGAUUGUCCGGUUGGUCCCGAAAUCACCAAAGUGAAGGAGGCUUUGAACCUUACGCUAGAAUAUUUCCGGUUUUACUUCAAAACGGCGGACAACUUAGUGUAAGUUAUGUUCUGGAUGGCGCGAAUGUGACGCUGGAUUUACACCUCAACGAUGAACUGGUGCCCAACGAGCACUUUCUCAGUGUGCAGACGAACGGUGUGGAGCAAGUCCGACGUUUGCAAGACCAUGAGGUGGAGCUGUGCCACUAUCACGGCACCAUUCGCAAUCAACCCGGAUCGUACGUGGCACUUUCCACAUGUAACGGCACACGAGGAAUUGUCUAUGGUUCCUGCGAAACCUAUCUGCUGGAAUUCGACGAGGAUGACUCACAGUCGCACAAUUUCGUCUACAAACUAACCCGAACAGUAUCUCCGCAACGGGUAAAACGUGCUUUCGAAGCAUUUCCAUCCCCACCGGUGGACUCUUUUCGAACUGCGUUCCGAUCGACCGCUUCGUCCAACUACGUCGAAUUGGUUCUGGUGAUCGAUCGCAGCUUGUACCGCAUCACCAGUAACAUCCAACGGAUUCAUCGAUACUGUUUGGACCUGGUAAACAUCAUGAAUGCCAUCUACCGUCCAUUGAAUAUUUAUCUGGCCCUUGUCGGUGUUGUAAUUUGGACCGAUAGGGACGCAAUCGAUAUCACCGAGGAUUCCAAAAAGACUUUGGAAAACUUUCUCAGCUAUCGUCGGAACACACUGCUGAAGAUGAUUCCGCAUGACAAUGCUCAACUGCUGACCGGGGUGCACUUCUCCGAUAGCGUGGUUGGAAAAGCAGAAAUGGGUUCCAUGUGUACUUACGCCGGCUCUGGAGGGGUAGAAGUCGUAGAUACGAACUUCGUAGCACUACAAGCCAGUACGGUUGCCCAUGAGAUGGGUCACAAUUUCAACAUAGACCACGAUGGACCCGAAUGUCGAUGCCCGAGUGGAAACUGUGUUAUGGCAUCGAAAACUGUUCGAAGUCAAGCGGCACCCAAAGAUUGGAGUUCGUGUAGUUUGGAUUCGUUGGAAAUAGGUUUACGGCAUGGAAUCGGGGCUUGUCUGAAGAACAAACCGGCCAAAAUGUUUGUCAAGAGUACCUGCGGCAACGGACUGUUGGAACCCGGUGAAGAAUGUGACUGUGGUCUGCCUCACGUAUGCGACACAAAAUGCUGUGAUGCUUUGACCUGUCGCUUAACGGUGAACUCUACCUGUGCUACCGGUGAGUGUUGCGAUUUGGAACGUUGUCAGCUGAGACAGGCGGGAUCUGGAUGUCGCGCUGCUACUGGUGAAUGCGAUUUGCCCGAGUUCUGCGAUGGACAAACGGCUUUUUGUCCGAAAAAUGUUUACUUGCGUGAUACGGAACCGUGUGCUGGUGGAAAGGCGUUUUGUUAUCAGGGACAAUGCAGGACACGUGACAGUCAGUGUAGGGUGCUGUGGGGUUCUACGGCCAAAUCCAUCGACGAUUAUUGUUAUCAAACCAAUUUGAAUGGAACAAUUUUUGGCAACUGUGGGAACGAUCAGCAGAUGGGUGAUUUUGUAAAGUGCCGACAGGAAGACGUUAUGUGUGGAUUGUUACAUUGUAGCCAUAGGAACGAGAAGCUAGACUACGGAAUGCAAGCGUAUUCGAAGCUUACUACGACCAAAUUCAGUCAUUAUGGACCAAGAGGUACGGUGCGGUCCACCGUUUGUAAUUCUGCCAUAGUAGAUUUAGGUUUAGAAGUUACCAAUCCCGGGCUGGUCCCGGAUGGGGCGAAGUGUGGCACAGGGAAAAUGUGCUGGAAGCAGAAAUGUGUAUCGUUAACUCAUCUGCAAGAGAACGACAUCGGUGAGGAUUGUGUGGAUGGUUGCAGCGAUCAUGGAGUAUGUAAUAGUGAAGGGAAUUGCCAUUGUGAUGAAGGAUAUGGAGGCCAAUUUUGUGAGAAAUCAGGACUGGGAGGUUCGGUUGAUAGUGGACCAAUAGCAGAUCCGGAUGGUUCUAGUCAUGUUACUCUAGCGCUGUAUGUUGCGGGUGUUAUUCUGUGUGCUGCGAUGGCCGGAUUUUUAUACCUCAACCGAAGUGUACUAGGUGAGCUGUUGAGAAAGAUCUUGAUGAAGUUCCGAAUGCGGAAGUACGGUCAAAUGGUUCCACCAGUUUCACCGACAGCACUUGGGCCGCCAAAACCACCACGACUGAUGAUCUCUUCGCCGGUACAGUGCGCUACGCAGAUCAUAACAAGUACCGAUUUGGGACCGACACGAGCUGCUCCUUCGAUACCUGUUCCGACCAUCGAACCAGCUCAACACUUUAUCAAAGUUAAUAUCAACAAUAGCGGUAAGGUGACCAUAGAAAACAAAGUUGUUAACUCUCCGUUUAUGUUAAGCUCAAAUCUUUUGGAUGCCCACGAGGCAAUACAUGAAAUUAAAGCCAAAGGAAUUCCGGCAAUUCUGCUGGAACAGCGUUCGAUCAGUGUGGAUUCCGAGAGUCCAUUGUUGAGUGCCAGUGAUCAGAAAGCAUCCAUGGACACACCACCCGUCCAGGACAGUCAAGAACCAAAUUUCGGGACGCUUUUAAGUCAAGUGAAACUUAAGAAAGUGCACAACUUUCAAAACAACCGUUCGAAGAGUGACGAAAAUCCUCAACGUCGGCUACCGGAACUGCCCAGACAGAAAACAAUCGGUGAAUUUCAAAACAUUAUUGCUGAGGUUCAUCCGAAAAGAAGUCCAGUAACGGAGGAACCUCCCGCGAAUCCGUUCGCUUCUGUUACAUUGAAGAAAGUGAAACCCCGCACUCCGAAUCUUAGCCGAGAGAACCUAGACGAAAUAACGGAAGAAUGUUUUGAUCCUAAGAAACCGACUCGUCCAGUCGUGGCACCAAAACCAUUAUCGCCGAAAUCUCAAGAUCUCACUUCGAGCCCAAAACCGAGCCUACCUCAGAAACCAUCACAAUCUUUUGACAACCAACUCGGUGAGGGCAAACCGAAAACUGCUCGGAAACUGCCUCAGAUUCCUCCAGCAGCAUCCAACAGAAGCAGACCUCCGCUAACGAGAAAACCUGCCAUCAGGGAUGGCGAGGAUGGGAUGACUGUUGUUGGCAGCAACGGUAACCUAGCGGCCCUGAAGGCUAAACUGAACUUAGACCAAGUCGCCGGAGGCAUCAAACGAUGAUAACGUUGUUCCGGAUUUUGUGUAUUUAUUGGUACUGUUUUAAGCGCAAUUGAAUGUUUGUUGAUAUUUGAAGCAAAUUUUGUAGUGGUAAGAUUUGUGAUUUGUAACGAUACUGAACUUCGUAGAAGUGCUAUCCCUUAGACCGUAAGAAUCUCUCAUAUCAUUACGAGUAAACAACUCUCAACUAGACUGCUUGCAACAAUUAGGUACUUAUGAUAUCGAAUAUUAAAUAACGAAACUAGUCAAUUUAUUAUGAUCACACGAAGAAGUA